AUGGAUUCCAAGAGAUGUUCAGCCCUUGCUCUCUUCCUCUCUAUCAACCUUCUCUUUUGUGUCCUUGCCAAUGGCUGCUACACUUGCUCUUGGCAGCCUCAUCAGCCAAUCACAGCCCCUAAAACAAACCCUAUCCCCAGCGUAGCGACGAAGAGCUGCCCAAGAGAUGCCCUAAAGUUGGGGGUUUGUGCCAAUUUGCUUAAAGGGGCAGUUGGAGCAAUAAUCGGGAACCCGCCAGAUACCCCUUGCUGUGCUUUGCUUGAAGGGCUUCUUGACCUUGAAGUUGCUGUGUGCCUUUGCACUGCCAUUAAAGCCAAUAUCCUUGGUAUCAACCUUAAUAUCCCCAUUGCUUUGAGCUUGGUCAUUGAUGGUUGCGCAAAGACAUUCCCCCCUGGCUUCCAAUGCGCAUAA